AUGAUGCUGACGGUCGUUCGAAGCCGGCAGGAAGGUGGCCGCAGGUGGCUGCCCUCCACGGUCCUGCUGCUGGUAGCGCUCGUCGCCGGCACCACGCUGACCACGUCCGUAACUGGGUUAAGUUCAACAGGUGAAAGAGAGAGCCGCAAACUGUUCGGUGGCUACCGGAUAACGCCAAAGUUCUGCAAUGCUACGCGGUCGCUGCUGAAACGUGAGCCAGAACGCCGUGGGCCGACGAUUUGUAUGUUCAACCACGAGUGCUUCCAGCGGCAGGGCGAGGUGGUGGGUGCCUGCAUGGACGGGUUCCUGUUUGGGACGUGCUGUGAGCUACCGCUGACGAAGGACUCGCUGGCACACGAUCCGCUGAUGGAGCAGCUGAACGGCACCGAGCAGUCGGGCCAGUCCUCGCUGAGUUCCGCCAUCGCGAGUCAGUACGAAAAGUUCGGUAGCCAGAUGUCGUCCGGGACGGUGUACGAUCCGGUGCACCUGGAGGAACCGACGAAGCAGGGCGACCAGUCACGCCCCGCCGGUGAGAAGGUGAAACCGGCCUACACGAAGAUCCAGAACAACAACUACAUCGUCAACGACGACCUGGACGAGGACAUUGUGCUGAACAGUAUCAGCGUGAACAAGUACGACGUGGCCAACGGCGCGGUGUCCGUGUACUCACCGUCGACGAACAAGAUCAAGACCGAAAGUGAGGAGCAGCCGGUCGUUUCGUUGUCCUCACUCGGGUACCCCUCGACGACGGAGUCCGGCGAGGGUCAGUACGGUAGCAAGGACGGUGUGUACAGCUCGGAGUUGCCUUCGCUGCUGAACUCGUACGGCGAGGGGAACUCGGGCGAGAGUGGUCCUUCCAUUUCCACCGAUACAAGCACCGACAUUACGGCCGCUGGAGUGCAGCAGAUUGCGAAUCAGAUCUUCCAGGAGAACAGUCAACUGUUUGACCAUAGUGACAUCACACAUCCAGCAGCCGAAACGGAUCUGCUGAACGAGCACGGCACGGUGGAUGAGAGUUACGCGAACCCGAACGACUUCUCCGGAGUUCCACAGGCGUCGCAGGCCGUUCCGGAGGUUCCACCGGCCACGGCUAAGCCCGUCAAGGUGACCUACCCGAAGCCACAGUUUAAGCCACGCCCGAAACCAUCGCCAACGCCUGCCAGCGAAGGCAGUGGCCAGUACGUGUUGGUGCAGACCAUCUCUAAUGACACCAAGAACAACGAAACACAGACGAAACCAACCGUCUCGAUGAAUAACCUGCCCUCGAUCGAGUCGAUCAUCUUGAUGCUGAAUGAUUCCAGCGUUGGACCACAGUACGACACCGAGCCGACGGCUGCGAACUCUACCAAGGCACCGACGUACGAAACGGCCACUGCUCCCUCGACGUACGGAACCGCACCUUCGAUCGACUACGAUAAGUACGGUCCGACGAGCUUCUAUAUCACGAAGCCACAGAAAACGGACGCACCAACGGUUACCCACACCACGAGCAAUGUUCCCUCGACCAGCUACGUCUACAGUCCGAAGCCAACGAAGCGGCCAACGCUGGAGCCGGUGGUAGUGCAAGCAACUCUGCUGACAAACAACGCCGGUUACGGUGGAGUCCCGCAGGCUGAUCCGACUCCCUCAUCAACGCACCGGCCGGCUCCGACGAAGAUCAUCGUCUCGUCCAGCAGCACCUCCAAGCGACCGAUACUUAUCACCUCGGACACACUGGCUGCCGGAUACUAUACGGGACCGACACGUCCCGGAUCCACGGUGGCUAUAUCCUCCGUACAGCCCACGAAGAAGGUGACGACGAUUGGUACAAAGCGACCCGGGUCCACCACGAUCAAACUUCCCGAGUACAUCGUACAGUCGUCCACGCUCUCACACACAAAUCCCUCAACGCUGGCCAACGUGAACUACAUCCAGAUUGCGAGUGCCUCCGAUAACCCAUCGCCAACGGUACACAUCACCCCGAAGCCGGUCGUAGGACUGGUGACGUCUUCAAGCUGGAACGGAAAGCCAUCCUCUUCCCCAACGGCUGGCCCGAGCAGUUCCCGGCCAGGGUUCUAUGAAAACACACCCCCAGUGUACCUGUCCUCCAUGGCGGACUUUGAAGACGAGGGAUACUUUGGUUCUACGAGCCGACCCGGUCUGGAUGGAACCGUUACCUCGACCGCGAUCUACACCAUCGUCGAUGGGGGCAACAAGAUCAGCAACUUUGCCUCGUCCACGUACGCACCUUAUGGACCGACGCCUUCGUACGGUGCCACCGCUUCCUAUCCACCGCCGUCGCUGAACCGAGUACCUCCAGCUGGACCAUCUCUGCAGACGUACGGACCACCGGCACCCGUUGAAGCGUCCACGAUGAAGAACGAGCUCUACACGACUCCGGACGACGUCAACAACUUCCCGCCGGUGCGCAACCCUAACCUCAACAUCACCGACGCGACCGCCAUGACGAACGUGACCAAGAUCCAGAACGACUUCUACGGCACGCCCGCCAGCGAGGAAGACAAGGUGAACAUGCUCGUCAACAAGAUUGUGCAGACGUUCAACGGGAACUUCGAGGAGCUCGAGCAGAUUCUGAAGGAGCGCAAGAACCUAACCCUUACUGCCACCGCCCCGGCCCCCGUGACCGGUGUUCCCGCGUCACCCUCUUCCACGGCUUCGGAGAGUACUUCCGCCAGUCCAACCGCGACCAGCAGUACCACGGCCAAGCCAAAGAAGAAGAAGAAGCGUCCGAGUGGAAACCGUAAGCCGGUCAAUGGAACCACCACCGGCACCAAGAAGCCGACCACGAAACCGACCGCCCUGGCCGAUGCUCCCCCCGCGGCCGGAAACGGAACUUCGGUGAAACCUUCCGCACGUCCCUCGAAGAAACCCACGAAGGUGCGUCGACCGAGCAACUCCACCAAGCCAACCUCGAAGCCAACCGCUACGACCGGCGUCACCACACUCAACAAACCGGCGCCCGCCAACGAUACCCCCGUGAAGCCGGCCAAACCGUCGUCCGGCAAACCGAAACCACCGACCGGCGGAUCGUCCUCCGCCGCACCCGCCUCGAAACCGAAACCACCGCCGGCCAAACCGUCCGGGGGUUCGACGACCACCAAGAAGCCGGUGCGCACCGGCACCACGGCCAAGCGGCCGACGCGCAAACCCAGCACCCGCCCGACGCUGGCCGACGCCGACCUGAGCACCGUCCAGCUGACGACCACGCGCAAACCGACCAAGGUCACGAAGCGUCCCACCAAGCGCCCGUCGACGACGACCACCAGCACCACGACCGCCGCGCCGGAAGACGAAACGAUCGACGAGGAGGAGAACGCCGUGGACGGCGAGGACGAGGAGGACGAGGAGGAGGAGGAUGUCGGCGAGGAGACGAACGAAACCGGCGACCAGCAGCAGGCGGCGGGGACGAGAAAAAUACUGUGCGGACAGCGACCGUUGAUGAAGAGUGGGCGCGUGGUGGGCGGCAAGGCGUCCAAAUUCGGCGAAUGGCCCUGGCAGGUGCUCGUUCGGGAGUCGACCUGGCUCGGCCUGUUCACGAAAAACAAAUGCGGUGGAGUGCUGAUCACCAACGAAUACGUCAUCACGGCGGCUCACUGUCAACCCGGAUUCCUUGCGUCAUUGGUGGCCGUCUUCGGCGAGUUCGACAUCUCGAGCGACCUGGAAACGAAACGCUCCGUCACCAAGAACGUGAAGCGCGUCAUCGUCCACCGGCAGUACGACGCGGCCACCUUCGAGAACGAUCUUGCUAUUCUGGAGCUUGAAAACCCCAUCCACUACGACGUCCACAUAGUGCCAAUCUGCAUGCCGGGCGACGAUGCCGACUUCACCGGGCGCAUGGCCACCGUGACGGGCUGGGGCCGGCUGACCUACGGCGGCGGUGUGCCCUCCGUGCUGCAGGAAGUUCAGGUGCCGGUCAUUGAAAACAGCGUCUGCCAGGAGAUGUUCCACAUGGCCGGCCACAACAAGAAGAUCCUGCCGUCGUUCGUCUGCGCCGGCUACGCCAACGGCAAGCGAGACUCCUGCGAGGGUGACAGCGGUGGCCCGCUGGUCCUGCAGCGUCCGGACGGUCGCUACGAGCUGGUCGGAACGGUGUCCCACGGCAUCCGGUGUGCCGCCCCCUACCUGCCCGGCGUCUACAUGCGCACCACCUUCUACAAACCCUGGCUACGAAGCGUUACCGGUGUGAAAUAA